UGAAAGUUUAACGAUGUCACUAAUGAACAACAUUAAAGGCACCUAGUCUUCUAUGUUCUGAAGCACUCCAGUCGUACAGUGAACAAUCAAACAAACAACAAUUAAACAUUUUUAUACAAAUUGUAUACAUGACUUUAAUAGGACUAUAUUGUGCAUGACAUGGUGCAGUGAUUGGGACUAUAUUGUGUACGACAUGGUGCAGUGAUUGGGACUAUAUUGUGCACGACAUGGUGCAGUGAUUGGGACUAUAUUGUGCAUGACAUGGUGCAGUGAUUGGGACUAUAUUGUGCACGACAUGGUGCAGAGAUUGGGACUAUAUUGUGCAUGACAUGGUGCAGUGAUUGAGACUAUAUUGUGCACGACAUGGUGCAGUGAUUGAGACUAUAUUGUGCACGACAUGGUGCAGCGAUUGGGACAGUUUUAAAUUAUACUGCCCAUGUUAUGGAAUUGCUUUUAUGUAAGAUGCAAUGUACAGCCAUUUCGAGCAUUAGCAAACUUCUUACUGAGUGAAAUGUUAUGCAAAUUAGCAAUUAUCUCAGCUUCUUUUUAGUGCACAUCCCAGAACUUUAAAAAAAAUAGCUCCUAGACGCUUUGACUUUUUGUUUUGAAAUUUUCACAAAUGAUUGACAAUGUGUUUAUCUUCAACACGCCGUCAGGGCAUUGGUUUUUGUAUUUGUCAUUUGUGCCUGCAAGAAAUUGAUGAUGAAUAUCAUUUUUUACUAAAAUGCACUGCAUGGGACACAAUCAGGAAAAAGUAUCUUCCAAAUGAGACACAACCCCCAAAUUUGAAUACUCUAGUACAACUAUUAAGUUCCUCUAAAAGCCAAAUCAUUAACUCUUUGGCUCUAUUUAUUUAUAAGUGUUUUUUAAUCAAAGAUCAAAUGAGAAUAACCUAAUAAGCUUGUAUGUAUAUAUAUAUUAAUAUCCCCAUCACAUUAUUAUAUAGGGCUUAUAUUAUCUAUUGACACACUCUUCAUCUAUAUUUUCAUACAUAUUUUGUAAUGUAAAUUUAUUUCUUGUCAAUAAUUAAUUUGCAUGAUUGUAAUGGGCCGGAGGCCAUUAUACAAUUAAUACAAUUAUUAAAUUAUUAAAAAAAAAAUUUAAUAUCUUCCAAGUAAUUUACGUGUUACAAUGAACCAUGGAACUAUAAAUGAAUGAACUAAUGUUCAUUGCACUUUAAUAAUAAAUUUGUAUUAACACUUACACACUUCUCGGAGGAAGUGGAAAUGGUUACAAAGGUGAAAUAACCAAAACACUGACUAAACUACUACUAAUAACAACUGAAAACUGACUAAACUACUAAUAAUAACAACUGAAAACUGACUAAACUACUACUAAUAACAACUGAAAACUGACUAAACUACUAAUAAUAACAACUGAAAACUGACUAAACUACUAAUAAUAACAACUGAAAACUAAAUAAACUACUAAUAAUAACAACUGAAAACUAAAUAAACUACUAAUAAUAACAACUGAAAACUAAAUAAACUACUAAUAAUAACUGAAAACUAAAUAAACUACUAAUAAUAACAACUGAAAACUAAAUAAACUACUAAUAAUAACAACUGAAAACUAAAUAAACUACUAAUAAUAAUAACAACUGAAAACUAAAUAAACUACUAAUAAUAACUGAAAACUAAAUAAACUACUAAUAAUAACAACUGAAAACUAAAUAAACUACUAAUGAUAACAACUGAAAACUAAAUAAACUACUAAUGAUAACAACAGUCAGGUCAGUAUAGGUAAUAGGUCAGUAAAAAAAUGUCCGAAGACGAAAGAACAAAACUGAAACAAGUGUACCGCAUGUUGGCGCUAAUCAUGACCGGAAAUGCCGUCAGUGUCACAUGCCAGUCUUUGUUGUUGACAGGAUUUAUCCGCUCUGUCUUGAUGUCAUUAAACGAAAAUAUCGUCGAAGUGUUACGUGAAUCGAGGUAACAGAUGAUUAAAGAAGGGAACAAAAAAUGUCUAUCCAAACGAACGUUCCGCGAGAAACAUCUCCGCUGUUGACGGGGAAUAAACUGACGCGGAGUCAGAGUUCGAGCUGGUUGGAUUCCCCGAGUAGCCCAUCUCAUCCGCGCCAAGGUCGUAUCAUUGACGUGGAAAUCAAAGAUGAAAAUACAACAAACAGUAACGAUGGUCAGAAUAGUUUACUAGGAGCGAUAUUUAUCAUAGUUAACGCUUGUCUUGGUGCCGGUGUUUUGAAUUUCCCUUCCGCGUAUAGUUCCGCGGGUGGUAUAUCGAUCAGCGUUGCCCUUCAAGUGAUACUGGUAUUAUUUGCAGCGCUAGCAUUGCUGGUAUUAGCAUUUUGUGCGGAUAUUCAUGGGUCUACAACAUAUGAAAAUUCAGUGGCAUCAUUAUGUGGGCCAAAGAUCUUAUUAGCUUGCCAGGCAACUGUUAUACUUUAUUCAUUUGGUGCUUGUAUCACUUAUAUGAUUAUUGUGGCAGACCAGACUGAUAAGGUGAUGGAAUUCAUUGCUGGUUCUCAUUACUCUCAGAACUGGUAUACCAAUAGGAAAUUUACAUUGACUUUGGUUUCAUUUAUUUUAAUACUGCCAUUGUGCUUUCCAAAAAAAAUUGAAUUUCUCAAAUAUUCAAG